AUGGCGGCUCAGCGAGUGUUCCCACUUUCCUGUGUGGUGCAGCAGUAUGCCUGGGGGAAGUUGGGAUCUAACAGCGAAGUGGCCCUACUACUGGCCAGCAGUGACCCACUGGCCCAGAUCUCAGAGGACAAGCCAUACGCAGAGCUGUGGAUGGGGACCCACCCUCGGGGAGAUGCCAAGAUCCUUGACAAUCAUAUCUCACAGAAGACCCUAGGCCAGUGGAUUGCUGAGAACCAGGACUGCUUGGGGUCAAAGGUCAAAGAUACUUUUAAAGGCCAACUGCCCUUCCUCUUCAAAGUGCUCUCAGUUAAAACAGCGCUGUCCAUCCAGGCACACCCUAACAAGGAGCUGGCAGAGAAGCUACACCUCCAGGCUCCAGAGCAUUACCCUGAUGCCAACCACAAGCCAGAGAUGGCCAUUGCCCUUACCCCCUUCCAGGGCCUGUGUGGCUUCCGACCAGUUGAAGAGAUUGUGACCUUUCUGAAGAAGGUACCUGAGUUCCAGUUUCUGAUUGGACAUAAUGCAUCGACACAGCUAAAGCAGAGCAUGGGCCACGACUCCCAAGCUGUGGCUUCUGCUCUGCAGAACUGUUUCUCCCACCUGAUGAAGAGUGAGAAGAAGGUGGUAGUGGAGCAGCUCAACCUGCUGGUGAAGCGGAUCUCUCAGCAAGUGGCUACAGGAAACAAUAUGGAGGAUAUCUAUGGAGAGCUUUUGCUGGAGCUGCACCAGCAGUACCCAGGGGAUAUUGGUUGCUUUGCCAUCUACUUCCUGAACCUGCUUACCCUGAAGCCAGGGGAGGCCAUGUUUUUGGAGGCCAAUGUGCCCCAUGCCUACCUGAAAGGAGACUGUGUGGAGUGCAUGGCAUGUUCAGACAAUACAGUGCGUGCUGGCCUGACACCCAAGUUCAUCGACGUGCCAACCCUGUGUGAAAUGCUCAACUACACCCCUAGUCACAGCAAGGACAGACUCUUUCCCCCAACAUGGAGUCAGGAAGACCCUUACCUUUCCAUCUAUGACCCCCCUGUGCCGGACUUCACCGUUAUGAAGAUUGAGGUCCCUGGCUCCAUCACUGAAUACAAGGUCUUGGCAUUGGACUCUGCCAGCAUUCUCCUGAUGGUUCAGGGAACAGUCACAGCCAGCACACCCACAGCCCAGGCACCCAUCCCCCUGCAGCGUGGCAGGGUGCUCUUCAUUGGGGCCAACGAGAGUGUCUCGCUGAAGCUUACAGUGCCUAAGGACCUGCUGAUAUUCCGAGCCUGCUGUCUGCUGUAGAGGC